CAAAAUUCAAAUCUCCUUUUUUGCAUGUCAAACUCGCAUCCGACCUGUUCAAUUGCUCCUCGCCUUGGUCGUAAAUUUUUCAGACGGGCGAAAUUAAAUUCGUGCGAUUUUUUAUUUAAUUUUAAAUUUAAAUCGCACACGCAGCUCUGCCCUCCUGAACGCGUUCUUUAACAAGCGCGCGUUUCUAUCUUGAGCUUAAAUCGCACACCCUCCCGACCGCCCCAGGGUAAGAGUGCGGUGGACGGUAAAUAUCACCAACCACCACAACCAAAGAAAAAAAAAGACUAGACAAAACAGCCAUCGAAUGCCUUCCCCGUCAGCAUCGCGCGGCCGUGGCCGUCCCCGCAAGAGCGACGCUGGCGCCGAGGCAGACUCGAUCGGCGCCGCGGUCGACAGCACUCCCAAGUCGCGCGGCCGCCCUUCGACCCGCGCCCCCGGCGAGGCUGACGCAAAGGUCACCAAGUCCGGCGGCGGCGGCACUGGACGCCGCGGCAGGCCCCCCAAGGACGCAAACGCGCCCCCGAAGCCCCCGGGACCCAAGAAGGAGCCGUCCGGCCGCCCCAGGGGUCGCCCCAGACUGUAUGCGCCCGGCGAGUCCCCCACCGCGCUCAAGAUCGCCGCCAAGCGUGCUGCUGCCAAGAAGGACGGCCGGGGCAGGCCGCGCAAGAACGCCGGCCUCGCGGAGGUCAAGAAGGCUGAAAAUGGCGAGGAAGAGGACGAUGACGAGGAGGAGGAUGCCGAUGCCGACGCUAAUGGCGAGAAUGAGGAUGAUAUUGAUGAGGAACGGAGCUAAUCAUGCCACUUGUAACCUUUGCUCGCAUGUGCAGAAGCUUUGAAGGAGGCCAUCGAUUCACUCCUCGAUGACAACUACUGAUGCCAGAAAAAAAAGAGGCACCAGAUAUGAGCAUCAGGUAACGUCUGCUUGAACCAUGCUCGCCCAUGGUCGCAAAAGGCGUUCACGCAUCUCUUUCUUAACAUCAGUCUUUUGGGCCAGUUUUGACUCUUCUGGCCUCGGUAUUUUCUACCUUCUCAAGUUUUCGCACACGGUUUAGGAUGCUUCUUGUUCUUCCGAUUUUUAGUUUUAUUUCUGUUACUUUCUAUUCGAUGCGGCAUUCGGCAAUGGGAAGAUUACUAGGGAGCUGGCAGGCGCAAUGGCUUGGGAUUCUUUUAUUCUACUUUAUCUGAGAGAGACACAGGUUACACUGGCUAGCACAAAAGU